CGUAGAAGAAUUGACAUCUAUUGCUUUCAGGAUACCCGAUGGAAAUCGAAUGGUGUCUGUCAUAUCAACUCAGACAAAGAAAAAUAUAAAUUAUUCUGGAAUGGUCAAAAGACGGCCAAAAAUGGUGUUGGAAUUUUUGUCAAAGAACCGCUAGCCCAAGAAGUACUGGAUAUUAAAAGGAUCAGCUCACGUCUCAUGUAG